AUGAAAGAUCAGAACACUACUAUCCCCCAAGUAGACAUCCUGCAACAACAGUUGUCCAGCAUUGAGCAUUCCCUCUCCCAUACAACCACUACCUCAUCCAAUUCUUCCUCCAGCCUUCCAGAAAGGCCUGCUACCUCAACUCAAUCUCAAACAAAAUCCAACCGACUCUCCUUGACAGCAGGAAGACUCUUUACUUCCCGCUCUCGCUCGAGGUCCAAAUCACCCGCUCCCAGCGAUAUCCCAACCACCACACGCUCGCGUCGCUCCGACUCCGAGAGCACCUAUAUCCUCAAAAGCGACAAAAUGGCUCGCAUCAGCAUUCCCCGUCGCUCUGCCAGUCCCACCGAAAUGUCGACCCCCGCCUCCCCUUCUUCUAUCAGGGAGACCCACUCCACAAAGUGCAGAUCCGACUCCUACCACUCCCGGAAAUCGAGUGACGACUACCGUCGCUACAGCGGAACCGUGAAUCACUACGGUCGUCACUCGAACGACUGGUUGUUCGGAGGAUUCAGUCUCCGCGACACCGUCCGUGGCGGUGUUGACCGCUUGCGCCAGCGCGAUGACAAGAGCUGA